AUGACUCGUGUAUCAGUGUGUGGGUCUUUGAAUUACGACUUGGUGACUUUUACCGGGCAAGUGCCCGAUGGUGGAGAGACAAUCAGCGCUGGAAAAUUCGAAACGCACGCUGGAGGCAAAGGGCUCAACCAAACAGUGGCUCUCCGUAGGUUGUUGAAUGAGAAAGAUGCAGUGGAUGUGGAAAUGAUAGGGCAUGUAGGCGAUGACGCUUUUGGCGUUCAGUUGAAAGAAAUUUUGGAAUCCAACGGAGUCGAUACGAGCAAAGUGGGAACCUUGAAAAACGGCGUCAGCACCGGAGUAGCAACCAUAUUGGUAGAGCAGAGUACGGGUCAGAAUCGUAUUUUGAUUUCUGAAGGUGCCAAUGGCUUCACCAAAUAUUCCAGUGCAGAGCUGGAUAAUAUAUUUCCUGAGUUGCGUCCAGACGGACCUGGAAACGCUGGGGACAUGGACCACAGCUUUGUAGUAUUCCAGAAUGAAAUUCCUGCCACUAUUGAAAUAAUGCGGUGGUUGGCUGAAAAUAGACCAUAUCUGAAAAUUGCGUACAAUCCAUCUCCUUUCAAAGAAGUCAGUAGCUCGGACUGGGCCCUCGUGGAUCUACUUGUAGUUAAUGAAAUAGAAGCCCUCCAGGUGCUGCAAUCCGCUUUGUCCAAAACUGAGGUUGCGGAUCUCAUGAAAACGAUAGAAAACCAGACAAUAGAUGGAUACAAGCAGAUAGCAUUGGAGCUGCGUGCACUGCUGAGCAAGAAAAAUUCAUGGGGGGCCGUCGUCAUUACUCUAGGGAAGAACGGCUCCGUUUUUUGCUCCCACGAUUUACCCGAAGUGCAGUACAAACCCGCAAUUCAAGUUCCCGAAGUCAUUGACACAACUGGCGCUGGCGACACAUUUUUGGGCGGUGUCGUUUCGAAACUGUGCACUCAUCACACUUUAACGGAUGCGGUUGAUUUCGCUACCAAAGCCAGCUCCCUCGGAAUCCAGAGGUCGGGUGCUGCAGAGAGUAUUCCAUCAUACCAAGAAGUCGAAAACUUGUGUGAAUAG